UCUGGAGGAUGGCUGGAGUCAGGAUGUGGCAUGCGUGCAUGACGUCAUUUCUCCAUGUACUGUGCGCCAUUUUGGAAGAAAAAAAAAUCACGGAUAAUUUCCGUGGUCUUGACAGAUCUGGACCCGAGUCUUCCCACUGAUUGUGGAUGCUAUCUGCGUUCCGGAGCAAGCCGCGCUGGUUGAUUAGGCAUUGGAAGCUGUGUACAGCAAGAGCUGCUAAAUGAAGCAAUGGCGGGGGUUGCAGGAGGAAAUGAUUUUCAGUGGUGUUUCUCUCAAGUGAAAGGAGCGAUAGAUGAAGAUGUUGCGGAAGCCGACAUAAUCUCCACAGUUGAGUUCAACUAUUCUGGAGAAUUACUUGCUACUGGAGAUAAAGGAGGCAGAGUAGUAAUAUUUCAGCAUGAGCAGGAGUCUAAGAAUCGUCCACACCUGCGCGGGGAGUACAAUGUGUAUAGCACUUUUCAGAGUCACGAGCCAGAAUUUGACUACUUGAAAAGUUUAGAAAUUGAGGAAAAAAUUAAUAAAAUAAGAUGGCUACCCCAACAAAAUGCUGCUCACUUUCUACUUUCAACAAAUGAUAAAACUAUCAAAUUGUGGAAAAUAAGUGAAAGAGAUAAACGAGCAGAAGGUUACAACCUGAAAGAUGAAGAUGGGCGACUCAGAGACCCCUUUAGAAUCACUUCUUUACGGGUACCAGUACUGAUGCCAAUGGAUCUUAUGGUAGAAGCAAGCCCACGGAGGAUCUUUGCAAACGCACACACUUAUCACAUUAAUUCCAUUUCUGUAAAUAGUGAUCAUGAAACGUACCUCUCUGCAGACGACCUAAGAAUAAAUCUAUGGCACUUGGAAAUCACAGACAGAAGUUUUAAUAUUGUAGACAUCAAGCCCGCCAACAUGGAGGAGUUGACAGAAGUAAUCACAGCUGCUGAGUGCCAUCCACACCAAUGCAAUGUUUUUGUGUACAGCAGUAGCAAAGGCACCAUCCGCCUAUGUGACAUGCGAGCAGCAGCACUCUGCGAUAGGCACUCAAAGUUCUUUGAAGAGCCUGAGGAUCCAAGCAGCCGAUCCUUUUUCUCUGAGAUCAUCUCCUCCAUCUCGGACGUGAAGUUCAGUCACAGCGGACGCUAUAUGAUGACACGUGACUACCUCUCCGUCAAAGUUUGGGACCUCAACAUGGAGAACAGGCCUGUGGAGACGUAUCAGGUCCAUGAAUAUCUUCGCAGUAAACUUUGUUCCUUGUAUGAAAAUGACUGCAUCUUUGACAAGUUUGAGUGCUGCUGGAAUGGCAGCGACAGUGCCAUCAUGACCGGCUCCUACAACAACUUCUUCCGAAUGUUUGAUCGCAACACCAGGCGAGACAUCACACUGGAGGCCUCCCGGGAAAGCAGCAAACCACGGGCUACACUCAAACCACGCAAAGUGUCCACUGGUGGCAAGAGGAAGAAAGAUGAGAUCAGCGUAGACAGCCUGGACUUCAACAAGAAGAUCCUGCACACUGCCUGGCACCCCAAAGAUAACGUGAUAGCUGUGGCAGCCACCAACAACUUGUACAUUUUCCAGGACAAAAUCAACUAGAAGAUUUGGGGCUCCAGAGGAUAGGGCUUUUACCGUACCUGUGUAGUUAAGCCUACUACUUGUCUAUCUGUAUAAGAAGAAGCAGCCUCGUUGUCCUCCUGGUGAAGAAUUUGAAAGCACGUGUCUACUUUUUUUGCCACAGGAGGUUGAUCCAUAGGCCUGUUUUAUUUUGAGUCUGAGCUUAGGUUGUUUUUGCCUUCGGCACCAGGGCACUCAACAUGCCCCCCUGACCCAGAAAGCCCAGUUUGGGUCUAAUUAACGGAAUGGCACUCUCUAGAGGUCAAACUCUUGAACGUUGGUGUUUGUGUUGACAUUUUAAGCCUUCAUUUCAUGAUUUAAUGACAGAACUCUCGGAAGCUCCUAAAUGACGUCUUGUCAAAGUUGUAACAUCAUUUCAAAGGUUUUGGGCCCUCUGAAGCACGGAUUAAUGGCCAAUAAGCCUAACUGUAACAUUCCCCCCCACCCCCCAUUGGCCAUGUAUUCAGGCUAAACUACCGUUGGAAGAGGCCAUGAAUUUGGAACGUGGACUUGUUUCUUUUCUUCCUUACCUCCUCUUACUUUACCCCAGUCAAUACGGUGACAUAAUUUCACUGACUGUAUCUACUCAAAAUACACCUUGUCAUCCACAUAAUAAAAGAAACUAAAACUACAGAUGUGUUUUUAAAUUUAGAAGUAUGUAUUAAAACAUGUUUAUUGCUUUGCAUGUUUUUAUGUUGUAGAGAGGUGGAAAUACGUCCAGUCACACCACUGUCUUUUGAGCAGAUCUCAAGCAAACGUGUUAUGGAAAUACUAUUUGGGGCUACCAGUUUCAGAACCACUGUUAUAGACAACCAAUAAUGUGUUUGUGUCAAGAGAAUAAUUUCUGUUGUUUUUAAACCAUGUUUAAGGAUGCAGGCUGGAAAGUACAUGGCACAAGAUGGGGCCCAAGACAAAGGGAAUUUGCAGCCUUAAUACCUACUUCUAUCAGUGACAGCUACAAGUUAUGUCCCCAAACGUUUUACAAACCUCAUGUGCAUUAUUUGUAAAUCCUAUUUUAUAGAGUUAUGUCCUCAUAUACUGCUGCUAUAUGUGGCUGUCUAUGAAAACACGUCAAGGAGGAAGAUUGCACACCGUACAGUUUAUGUAAUAAGAGUGCCUCCAGAUCACUUAAUAAGUAGGAGAUUUAGACAGGCCUCAUACAUGUGCCCUUAUUCAUUUAUUAGGGAUAUCAUUCAAAUUUGAGCCGUGUAUUGCAAAUGUGGAUCUUUAUCUCCAUAAUUGUGAAUGCAGAAAUGACGGCUGACAACACAAAACAUAUACUGAUGACAUUAAAACAAACACAUAAUAAUGCAUUGUCUUUGUCCAUUGAUUCCUAACAUGGUGGCAAUGUAUUCACUUGUUUAUUAUUUUGACCAAAGUUCAAUAAAAUUUUAAUUGUGUUCAUCUGCA